UGAGGUCAUUACAUUGGACUAAAUCAACCCACUGGACGUCCAAAAUUGACAGGAAUCAAGAGGAAUCUCUUCUCCAUAAUAAAACCCAUCAAGCCCAGGCAGGUCAAAGACAUGUUUAUGGAGACCAUUUGGCAGGUUGACAUGAACCAAAAUUCAAUUAGACUGAGAGCGAUGACAAAUUGAUCCGCUCUUAACAACAAGGUGCUAACAAACUCGAGAAACAACUGUGGAGCAAGGUAUACAACGAUGUUUUCUCUGUCUCUUUCUCUUGAUUUGGCCAGAAGCGCUGAAGUCAGGAGCGUCCUUGAUUUAUGAGCAGCGUGUUUCUCAUGCAAAUUGCUCGCCGGAAGACAGAUGCGAAAAUUGAAUCACAAUCUCGCUGGUGGUGGCCAUGUUUCCACUAAUCUUGAGAGACCAAAUCAUGUGCAUCUUCUUGCCUCCCCCAUCCUAAAACGUGGAAUGGCUACCAUUUAAACCGGGAAUUAGGGGAAAAAACUCAUCAUGAUGAGACGAGAGAAGAGCCCGUUCUCGUUGCGGUCUGGUCAAAUGUCGACCGAGUGACCGAGCACAGAAGAAAACGAAGAAGAAAAAAACUUGGGAAGCCGAAAACCAAAUCCAUGGGAACUCGUAAAAAUCCCAAUUUUACGACCACCACCAAAACCAUUUCUCCUCGCAGAGAAAGAAAGGGCCAGCCAGGGAGGAAGAGGAGUCGACAAAUGAACCACCAGCUACUGGCUCGUCGACCCACCAACCCGAGUGGAUAAUUAGUGAAAAUAACACAACCAGCAGCAGACACACCACGGACAUUGCUCCUGAAAGUAGUGUGAACCCCCGGGGAGAUCCGAGUCGUGAAGGUGAUCGGACCUUAUCGUGAUUGAAUGCCAUACCUUUUGACGGCCAAUCCCAGUUCCCCCAACAGUUGGGUCAAAAUGGAUACCGAGAGCGUGUUGUCGGGGCACUCGGAGCUGAGCGGGGGUCGUCCCUCCACCACGACCCCGGCCCAUCACCGCCAACGACCCAGUCUCCCAAACGGCGGUCUGACCGGCGGGAGUCCCGUCUCCCAGGGACAUUUCAGCGGUUCCAAGUAUUCUAAUUACGCUAAUACCGGCACAACCCUAACAAACGGUUUGAGCGAGAACAGUCCCUUGCCCAACUCCAGCACCUCGACAUCCACGAACAAUGCAAUGACGUCUCAUUAUUUGGGGCGGAUCCAGACGCCUCCGCCCCUCUCGCCCACCAGCCUCCUGAGCAACUACUCAUUGGGACUCAAUGCAAACAACCGUCUCUACAGCAACAACGUCAGCAUGACCCCCAACCAUCGGACUGUCAACAGCGUGUUGACGAGCUCGCCCUCGAAUCGCCUGAAUAACAUCAAUGGCAAUUACGGCAUGAUGAGUGUGGAAUCGCCGUACCAAACCGCGGUCACAUUGCCCUCAACCGAGGCCUAUCGAUUGGCCAAUGGUCACCAACCUCAAUCGGAGAGGAUCGAGGUCCAGAUCCUUCAUCAGGACAAUGAUUGGGCGGAUAACACCACUGCAGUGACGGGACUGUCAGAUUUGGCCUACUCUCCCGAGGCCAUGGGCAAGUGGGACUCGGAUCGCGAGGACCCCGGCAACCCUGAGGACGACUGGAAGUUUCAAUGCCAAAGAUACAUGGGACCGUGGACGGCGGCCAUCUUCUCGCUCAUCGCCUUCCUGAGCCCCAUUCUCAUGCUGCUCAUCCCUCAGAUGUAUAUCAUACCAUUCCGAGAAUCUCAGCUCAGAUGUGAUGUUGAAUGCGAUGGAGCCCUGAUCAGCUUCAGUUUCAAGCUUGUCAUCUUAUUAUUUGGGACCUGGGCCGUGUUCUUUCGACCUUGCAAGGCCACCAUGCCAAGGAUCUUCCUGUAUCGCAGCGCCAUUUGCGUGCUCAUCCUCGUGUUCACUUUCUCGUUUUGGCUCUUCUACGCGGUGAGACUGGGCGGCGAACAAAGGAGGAGGAUCCAAUAUUAUGAUGUGGUCCAAUAUGCUACCUCAAUGGUGGAUGCCUUGCUUUUUGUCCAUUAUUUGGCCGUGCUACUCAUCGAGUUACGCCACGAGACACCCCAAUUCUACUUGAAAGUGGUCAGAUCCCCAGAUGGCGAGUCAAAAUCCUACGCCAUUGGCCAAUUGUCAAUUCAACGAGCGGCUGUUUGGGUACUCGAGAAAUAUUACACAGAUUUCUCCAUCUUUAACCCAUACUUGGAGCGAUUGCACUUUAAUAGCCCCGGCCACACAGGCACAGCACAUCGUCGGAGACACAAUGGACAAACGCAAUUUGUGGGGAGCUUCAAACAUUACGACAUUGAUGGCCUAGGCAACAGUAGCUUUCAAGUCUACGAAAAGGAUACCCUGAUGAAUGGCUCUCCGAUCCAAGGUCAGAUCAAGCGGAACUCGGCGAAUCAUCACAGUCCCUAUCAGCUGAGUGAGAAAUUCCUGGAAGACCAAGAAUACGAGAGGCGAUUGAAGAAGCGCAAGGCCCGAUUGGUCUUAUCCACGGAGGAGGCCUUCGCUCAAAUCAAGCGGCUCAACGAUGGACAAAGCAAGACGCCAUCAACGCCUUUGACGCCGUUGGAGACUGCCCAAGCCAUCUUCCCGACGAUUGCCAGACCACUGCAGAAGUAUCUCCGGAUUACUCGACAGCAACCCCGACAUGACAUGGACUCGAUCGUGGAUCACUUGGCUACAUGCCUCAAAUACGACCUCUCGCCCAGAGCGUUCCUAGAGAAGUUCCUGGUUACCACUCCAGUCCUCCAGAAUGAGCGGGAGAUGAAACCGGUGCAAACGUGGGCGCUGAUUUGCGACCACUUGCUAUCCAGGUCCAUCAAGACUGGCACCAUGUUCCAACUACGUCAAGGAGAUGUGUCACUCAUGUGCGAGGUGAUUCGAUUGCCUCACUUCAACAUCACGGAGGAAAUCAUUGACGAUGCGUCCAACAAGUUUCUCCUGAAGGGCAACUCAGAAACUCCGGUCUAGAGCCAAACUCAGCAAUCCUAAAUCUUAAUAUCAACAGCCAAAAACGAAGACUUCUCGUGCCUUUAUGAUCUCCUCAUCGUUACAAAACCGCAUCCAAAUACUUCUAUCCUUUGCUGAUGCCCACUUAUUUUGGCGUCUAUUCAAUCUCUAGUCACCUAUAAUUUCAAAAUGAUUAUCUUUUCGAAAUCCUUGCCUCAAGUUACUUUUGACUUACUCUCGCAACCUCUCAGCAAACACUUUUUUUUUUUUUAUGCAAAAGUCGACUUCGGCUUGUUGCGUGAAAGUGGAACGAUAAUAAAACUAUUUAAGACUCA